UUUGUUUAGUUCAGCAGGAAGUAGUAUGCAGAGCAUAAAGCUGCCUAUGAAAUAUUGUCUUUUACGCCUUGCCUGAGAUAUUAUUCGUCUAAAGAGGAAUAGGGUGGCAUAUAAAGAGCAACAACUUCAAGAUUAACAACUGAAGUCUACUGACAUACUAUUGCAAAAAUGAUGUCUAUUAAAGAGGAGAAAGAAGACUCGAGUUAUCCAGAGCCACGGAUAAUAAAACAUGAAGAUACAGAGGAACAAAGAGAUGUGUUGGAAGUGAAAGUGGAAAGUCAAGAACUGAAUGACGUGAAGGAGAAACAUCAGUAUGAUAAAUCUGAUAAUUUCAUAACUGGUGAAAAAUCUUCUAGUUGCUCACAGACUGAAAAAAGUGUCACACAGAAAAAAACUCGAAGAACAAAAGACAGAUUUUUUUUCAUAUGCCCUCAAUGUGGAAAGAGUUUUGCACAUAAACGAGAUCUUGUGAGGCACCUGAGAAUUCACACCGGAGAAAAGCCUUUCACAUGCACUCAGUGUGGAAAGAGUUUCACACAAGAAGGAAACCUUAAGAGUCACCAAAGACUUCACUUUGGAGAGAAGCCUUUCACGUGUCUUCAGUGUGAAAAGAGUUUUUUACAUAAAGGAAACCUAAAGAAUCACAUGAUGCUUCACACUGGAGAGAAGCCUUUCACAUGCACUGAGUGUGGGAAGAGUUUUGCAAUAAAACGAAAUCUUGAGAGGCACCUACAAAUUCACACUGGAGAGAAGCCUUUCACAUGUCUUCAGUGUAGAAAGAGUUUCUUACAUAAAGAAUACCUUAAGAGUCACAUGUUAAUUCACAGCGGAGAAAAGCCUUUCGCAUGCAAUCAGUGUGGAAAGAGAUUUACACAAGAAAGAAACCUUAAGACUCACCUACGACAUCACUUCGGAGAGAAGCCUCACACAUGUCUUCAGUGUGGAAAGAGUUUUUUACAUAAAGGAAACCUAAAGAAUCACAUGAUGAUUCACACUGGAGAGAAGCCUUUCACAUGCACUCAGUGUGGAAAGAGUUUUGUAAUAAAACGAAAUCUUGUGAGGCACCAGAGAAUUCACACUGAAGAGAAGCCUUCCACCUGCACUCAGUGUGGAAAGAGUUUCAAACAAAAAGAAGAUCUACAGAGGCACUUAAAAAUUCACACACUGUUAUCCCUGAUGUUGUUUUAACCCAGAUAAAUUAGGUACAAUAAGCAUUAAUCCUAACAUAUGGUUUGGAUUAGGUGGAUGAUUUUACUGAUGUCUUUCAUUCAACUGGAAUUGUUUAGUUCGAUCAAUUAAUCUGAACUUGUUUUAGGUCAUUCUCAUUGAAUCAGUUUGUAUACUUAAACCUGUUAAUGCUCAUUGACCCCACCCAUAGGCCUGACUUUGAUUUGCUUAAAUGAGUUCACAUUUACUAUAUAGUGUGCUGUUCAAAAUUGUUCAUAAUGUUGACAAAUUAUACAUCUGGGGGCAUGCACAUCAACAGGUUGAAUUAACAAGUGUAUUUGCCAAAUCAACUCAAAAACAUGUUGAAUCUACUAAAAUCUGUGUCAGUUAACUUUGCAUCAUUUGUCCCAAAAUCUUCAAUACUGAGAAAUGUAAAUUAAUUUGAUAAUAAACACAUUUUAGACAAACAAUAUCACCCUAAAUGUUGUCCCAACUAGUUUAACAAAUUUGUCUAAACAGACUAUUUAAUGUUUUGCUGAUUUGCCAGAUCACAGCAUGCAUUGCGGUAUGAAUAUAUUUUUAUGGUUAGUGUUAGUUGUGUGUUGAUGUUCAGAGCUCAUCUUUUUAUUUCAUUAUGUUUGUUGAUUGUCACCAUUACUGAGGUGUGUGUCAAAUUUUGAGGUCUAUGUGCCUCCACUAGUUAUCACAUACUGAGUUUGCUUUGCAAUUUGCUAAUGCCUUAAAAGGCAAAGAGUGUACAGUGUUCUUGCAUAAAGUAUGCAAAUAAAGUGCAAGAG